GAAUCAACAAUUUCAAAACUUUGCACUAUUCUUCAAAGCAUUUUUAGUCAAGAUCCACCAUUAUAUACUAAACCAAAUGUCAAUCACAAUCCUCCACUGAGACCAUCACAUCCACCGCCACCACCAGAGCGACCUAUCCAAAAUCACAUAGUUUCUCCUACCGCUCAUAAUCCAUUUCCCACGAGAUCGCCAACACCUCCACCUUUACCGCCUCCACCUCCAUAUCAAUCAAUUAAUCAAAAUGUAGAGAUGAACAGACCAAGGGGUCAAAGUGGAACUUUAAAUCCAUCCACAGCAACAAAUAUAAACUCACAUUUUUUUACUCCACCUCAACUGCGUGGAAAUGUUGUUGCACCUUUACAAUCUUCACCGCCAUCCAGUCAAAUUCCUAGUAUACUAGAUACACCACCACCACCGAUUAAUUCGCAGCCUCCAGCACGAGUGUUCAAUAAUCAGAGUCCCGAAAUAGUGAAACUUCAAGUUGAUGUCUAUGAGAAACUUGAAGAUAGUUGGAGUUUCUACCACGAGAAAGCUAUACUUGAAAUCAAUAAGAUUAUGAGUCUCUCGGAACAAUUAAAUAAUAGCGAGGCGCAAAGCGAAGAUGAAAAGAGACAAUUAAAAGAGUUGCAAAAUCAAUUACAAGAAAAGAUUGAUUAUAUGAAAGCAAAGAAUUCGGAGGUUGAUCGAUUAAUCGAGCAAGCUACCAAUAUACCUGAGAUAUCUGUUGAUGAUGUGUUAUGUGGAACAACGAUCGUAUAUAAUCAAUUAUUUGAAUUGGUGGCCGAGGACAAUGCUAUUGAUGAUACAAUUUAUUAUCUGGGCAAAGCUUUAAACAGUGAAAGAAUAGACUUACAGACUUUUAUGAAGAGUAUACGUAUGCUUGCACGUGAACAAUUCAUGCGUCGCGCUUUAAUACAAAAAAUUAGACAGCAAGCAGGAUUGGAUCAAUAA